UUCCUGCUGCCAUUGACUAAAACCGAGAGCUGGCAUCCUGCGGGGAAAAAAGCACAUCAAACAGCUUUACAUACGCGCGUCCAUACUGGCGAUUAUUCCUCCUUUCUACAGGAUUGUUUGUUUUAUACAAUGAUGACCACGUCCAGCUGAGGGGUCUCAGUGUAAUAUCUGGAGCAGCUCGCCUCACAACAGUCAUUUAUGAUUUAUUAUCGAGAUGAUAUGAAUGUCAAUCGGUCAAGGUCCGCUCUCCUGAUGCAACAGCCACGGCUGCAUUUCCAGGUUUCCGAUGGUGAACAUCUGCCACAAGCGUUUGGAUGAAUCUCUGGUGUUAUUUUCAGUAUUUUCUGGCUGUGUGAGAGAGGAUUGAGAUUGCUGAAGCAGCGUGGGAGCCUCGACACUGUGGGAAUGACAUGCUGCAGUAAAGAUGGGAAACUGGGAUUAAUAACAAUAUGGAUGAAGAGGCAUUGAUGAUGUGACUGCAGGUCUUAUUAAAUGAAAAAGGAAAAUGCUUGACAGUCUAUGUCCUGUGCAGAGAUCUUUGGAAAUCUGAGUAAGUCACUUGUUUUUUUCGCAGUGGACUGUGCCACAUCGUCUGAACCGUAUCUUUAAACACGUAGGAUCUCCUCCAAACCCACCAUAUAAUUACAUGAACAGCUUUACAGUAGAACGAGUAACCUCAACGUGAAGGAGUAGAACUAAUCCGAGAAGGCACCAUGUCUGCAGUGAUGAUAACACGCAAGGUGCGAAAAUGGGAGAAGCUCCCGGGGAAGAACACUUUCUGCUGCGACGGGCGGGUGAUGAUGGCCCGGCAGAAAGGAGUCUUCUACCUGACCCUCUUCCUCAUCGUGGGGACCUGCGCCCUCUUCUUCGCCUUCGAGUGUCCAUAUCUGGCCGUCCAUCUGUCUCCUGCCAUCCCAGUUUUCGCUGCCCUGCUCUUCCUCUUCGUCAUAGCCAUGCUUCUGAGAACCAGCUUCAGUGAUCCUGGGGUGCUGCCGCGAGCCCUACCAGAGGAGGCCUCAUUCAUUGAGAUGGAAAUUGAGGCCGCCAACGGGAAUGUCCCUGCAGGGCAGAGACCCCCGCCUCGAAUCCGCAACGUGCAGAUCAACAACCAGAUCGUCAAGUUGAAGUACUGCUACACCUGCAAGAUCUUCCGGCCACCGAGAGCAUCUCAUUGCAGCAUCUGUGACAACUGUGUCGACCGUUUUGAUCACCACUGUCCGUGGGUGGGCAACUGCGUGGGCAAGAGAAACUACCGAUACUUCUACCUGUUCACCAUGUCCCUCUCCCUGCUCACCAUUUACAUCUUCACCUUUGACAUCGUCCAUGUCGUCAUGCGUUCGGUGGAUAAUGGCUUCCUGAACACUUUGAAGGAAACACCUGGGACUGUGCUGGAGGUGCUGGUUUGUUUCUUCACCCUGUGGUCGGUGGUGGGACUGACCGGCUUCCACACCUACCUGAUCUCCCUCAACCAGACCACCAAUGAAGACAUUAAAGGAUCUUGGUCGGGGAAAAACAGAGUCCAGAACCCGUACAGCCACAAGAAUUUUAUCAAAAACUGCUGUGAGGUUCUCUGUGGGCCGACAUACCCGAGCGUCUUGGACAGAAGAGGAGUGAUGCAGGAGGAUCUGGCUGUUUCUGCAACGCCCGAUGCACUGCCCUCCUCCCAUUCAUCCUCCAGCAGCAGCAACCCAGUGCCACAAACCACGCAUGCUGUCCUCUGCCUACAGAAAACCACUGCUCCACUCAUCCCCAAUGAGCACACACCUGAUGAUGCCAAGCCAAGCAUUGCUGACACAGCAGAGAAGAGCUCCUCCACCACAGAGGAGCACUCUUCGCUUGAGAAGGUCCCGCCCCUGGCUUCACCCGAGACUGAUGUUGAGACCUCUAUCGCCAAGGACAAGAUCCAUUAGCUGCACCGAGGGGGCAGGGCCUUGUCCUAGCCCCUCCCCAACACCCUGUAACUGAAACACUCAUAAUCAAUACUUGAUUACUGUGCGGGUUAUUCCCGCCCUACAUUCCACCAGGAGAGCUGAGCUUUUGCAGCAGCUCCUCCUCUUCCUCCCCUCCUCACCAGAUGUUGCAGAGCUGUUUGAUUGACACUUGCUCCUGCAGGGGGGAGGGAUUUAAAGGAAAGUCAGCAGCGUCCUCUGUCUCCUGAACACUGCAUGGAAAAGACACACAGGGGAAGAACUGCAAAUACAAAAAAAAAAACUCCAGGCAUACGACAUCCCCAUAGAUCACCUGUGGGCUGCUGUGAUUGUUUCUGUUCUUCAUUUAAAACUGCAUAAUGACUUUUAUUGUGAAAGGCCAGUUCAGUAUACUCCUUGCAAGCGUUUGGCCAAGACAAUAUGACUCUGGACAUGUAAAAAAACUUCAUGCAUACAGUCAGUUUUCUGUUGUGUGUCCAUUACAUGCCCUAUGCAAACCAUGUAAGGCUGGACCAGCAGCUUUGAAUGAGAAGGGUCACACCUGUGAGUGUGCGUGUGUGUGCGUGUGUGUUUGUGUGUGUGUGUGUGUGUGUGUGUGUGUGUGUGUGUGUGUGUGUGUGUGUGUGUGUGUGUGUGUACACAUGAUGUCCAGGCAGGGGGAGGACAUGCAAAUCUUCAGAUAUUUCCUUCCAGGCAAGUCAAACCUUGUAUUCUGAUAUUGCUGCAUUCAGUACUGUUGUUACUUGUGUGCAUCUUUCUUUUUCUUAAAGUGAUCAGAUCCAGACCUGUCCUUCCAUUUUUAUAUAAUCAAAGAUGUAGUCAGAUGUCGGUGCUCUGGAAUACAUGAAAAAGCUUCAUCGCUUAGCCAGAGCCCCAGGUGUUUGAGUGCGAGAAGGCCUGACUUCUGAUGAUAGUAGACACUAGUGUUAACAGUGCCUUAUCAAAUGUAACUGAGGUCCACUAACAGAGAUGCCCUAGACAUCUGUUUAAACCGCUGAUAGUGUUAAAAGACAAAUGCUCAUGUUUAGCCCAGUGGUUCCCAACCUGGUGUUUAGGACCCCUUUAAGGAAGCUAAGCUAAUAGGAUAUAAUUAUUAUUAAAUAUUAUUAAUUUUGAGGAAACAUUAUGCCCACUUUUUUUUUGCAAAGAAUCAGAUAAAAAAUAUACCACCGUCAUUUCUCUAUUCUGAAUGUAAAAGCUUCUGCUAGCACCUAGCACAAAGCCUGAAAACAGCCUUGUAGUAUCUAUAUUCCUCAAAAAACAAUUCUGUGGUUUGAUAUCUGGAACUCAUUCUUACAUUUCUGUUGUUAAUUUUGCACAAUAAACCAAUAAUGACUGAGGAUGACAAAUUUAACAUUUGAUCAAUGAUAGAAAAAUGUUUGCAAUGUUUCCCUCAUGAAUUAUAUUAAUAAUCUCUACUGAGUCAUUUAAAAAAAAAAAUGUGAGAAAGAUUCUUUUUGGGUUGAACUGAUCAUAGUUUGUCAAAGUAUACAACCUGUAAGAGGAAGUAUCUCCUCUUCUGAGGGGGUCAAAUGCUCUGAAGGUUGGGAACCACUAUUCGAGACUUUGAGAAGCAAAAACUAAGCAAAGCCAUCGUUGCACUGUACAUAGUUUUAGCCAGUGAAGAAGUACUGAAAACCUCUCAGACUGUCGGUAAGGAGGAAAGUUUUAAUUUAUUUAUUUGUUGAAAGUAUAAGUGCAUACACUGUUGAUGAAGCUGCCUGUACGUUGGGCACCUCCUCCUGCAAAUGACUCCUGAGCUGAUCUUCCUUUACAUCCUCUCUCCUCCUGCCAUCUCCACCCUCUUUUAAAACAUCUCUAGUCUUAACUCCUCUCCUUUUCCUUACAUCCUUGCCGUGACAGUUGCUCCUACAGUACGCCUGAGGCCCCCCUGCUGCAGCUGUCUGUGGCAGGCUCAUUAUGGCAGAGAAUAAAGCUGAAGCAGAGAGGAAGACGCUCGAUGCUUUUAUCUUGACGGGUCUGUGUAUUUCAGACAGAGCAUAGCCUGUAAUGUGGCUUCUGGAUAGUUUCUUUUGUUUCGGUCACAGAUCACUGGAGGGGACAAGAAGAGAGAAAGAAGUGAAGUUGAUAAUUAGUAUUUAAAUGAUGUUAGCUGGUAGCGAGAGUUUGUAAUAGUGAUUGUGUUGUAUGCAAGACAGAGUCGGUGUUUGUAAAAUAUAAUUGUGUAGAAAUUCUAGUGCGUCAACAGCAUUGCAGCAGAUAUGAGAUGAUUUAUUCUAGGACUCAAAGCGGUCACUAUUUCUUCUGAUCUCCUAAGUCCUUAAUCCAAACAUUCCCCAAACAUAGAGAAGAAAAAGACUUGAAUGUGGAAAAGAUGUAAGACUAUUUUCAUUGGCGUAGUCAAGCUUAUUGAAUAUUUAGGUCAUCAGGGAAGGACUUUGUUGUUAAUCUGAUACAUAAUUUGGAUGAUAUACUAUCAAAAAUUUAAAUAAUUUGAUACAUUAUUUAUUUAGUUUUGUCCAAGACAUUCAAAAUGAUUAAAUUCACUAAAAUACUGCAAAAAAAAAACUAUUUGAGAUCUGGAACGUAGCACAUUCAGAAUGUGUUUUCCUUGAAUGAUUGAGAAAAGAGUUGUUGACUAUCAAUAAUCUGUUCAUGGACUAGUUGCUUAAUCCUGUUGUUUGAGCCCAAGUGAAACUUGGAACUUUUAACAAUGCUUCUCCAGACAGAAGAGGAGAUAAAUGACACAUCUCUGCUAGAAGCUGUAAAGAGUGCAGCAGUAUUAUGUGGUAGAGUAAAAAAAAAUCAAACUGUGACAAUUUUAGGGAAAAACUUUCCAAACAAGAAGCCAAAAAUCAGUUUUUAAAGAUAAGGAGGCCAUCUUUCAGGUGUGGAAAGUAUUUACAGACAGCUAGGUGUCUUUGAUGGUUCUGCAUUGCUGUCCCCAAGAAGCAAGAAUGUAUGGGACUGAGUUUUUGUUGAAUCUGUGUUGGUAUGCAGAUUUUAAAGGAAAAGGUUAACAUUGAUUUUUAGCUCUGAAGGUUUGCAGACUGUUGAGCCAAGCGUAACUCUUGUAUGUAUGAACCCUGUGUUUAAAAUGCCAUGACGUGGUCAGAUCUGAAUGCUCUGAUCAAUCUAUUACAUUAUGUAUACAGAUACAGUUAUAUAACAUGAUGGAACUCUUUAUUUAUGUUCACUUUGUUAAGUAUCAACACUGUGACUAUAUGUAUUUCAUUCAACUUACUUCACUUCUUUUUACAUGAUCAAAGUGUCUGGUAAAUAAACAAUAUUGUCUUAAUUA